AGCCGCCUUUUCCACGCGCCCACCGGCUCUGAAUUCCUCCUCUCUCCUCCGCCUCCCCUCUCCCUCUCCCGAACCCGCGCGGCGAAAGCAACAGCCGGAGCACGGGCAGGAAGGAAGGAGGAGACCUCUCUCUCUCUCUCUCUCGCGUCGUCGUCUCCGCCGAUCCUCCCCGUGCCUCGAAGCGCGCGGGGGCAGGCCGGAAGCUUCGCGCGCAAGGCGCUGAGGAGGAGGAGCGGGAGGAGCCUGGAGAGUGCGCGCCGACGCGGUCGCCGCUCUGCGCCUGCGCCGGGUUCGUCUCGCACCGGCAUGGUCUUGGACCCCGCGCGAAGGCACGGGAAUGGCGGAUAGGGCGAAGGUCGUGGCCAUCGUGGUCGCCGCCGGCGUGGGCGCGGCGGUGCUCGCGGCGGCGUGCGUGUUCCUGGCCAUCUGGAUGUACCGGCGGCGGGCCAGCGUCGUGGCGCGGACGCGGACGCGGUCGCUCGAGUCCUCCACGGCCACGCUGCGGGCCAACGGCUCCACCGCGAGCCUCGACUCCAGCGUCUCCAUCUCCGUUGUCUCCGAGGGCGUCGCCGACUGGGGCCACAACCCGCUGCCGCCGGGGAAGCGCGUCGCCUUCUGGGGCUGGCGGGGCGCCACCAACGGCAGGGACCAGCCCCUGUCCGUCUCCGGGAUCCCCAAGUACCACUACAAGGAUCUGCAGAAGGCUACCAACAACUUCACCACGAUUCUGGGGCAAGGGUCGUUUGGUCCUGUGUACAAGGCUGUAAUGGCUACCGGUGAAGUCGUGGCUGUAAAGGUUCUCGCGAGCGAUUCUACGCAAGGGGAAAGAGAGUUCCAGACAGAGGUAAUUUUGCUUAGCCGGCUGCAUCAUAGAAAUCUUGUCAAUUUGGUUGGAUAUUGCGUGGAAAAAGGCCAACACAUUCUGAUGUACGAGUACAUGAGCAACGGGAAUUUGGCGACCCUUUUGUAUGGUGAUAAUAAACGGAGUUUGAGCUGGCAAGAGAGGCUACAAAUAGCUCACGAUGUCUCUCAUGGGAUUGAGUACCUGCAUGAAGGGGCUGUCCCGCCUGUUAUUCACCGAGACCUAAAGUCUGCUAAUAUACUCUUGGACGAAUCAAUGAGGGCCAAGGUUGCAGACUUUGGUCUAUCAAAGGAGGAAGUAUUUGAUGGAAGUAAGUCAGGUCUCAAGGGCACCUAUGGGUAUAUGGACCCUGAUUACAUGUCCACCAACAAGUUCACAAAGAAGAGCGAUGUUUACAGUUUCGGCAUAAUACUUUUUGAACUCAUAACAGCCAUAAAUCCACAACAAGGCUUAAUGGAGUACAUUGACCUAGCAGCGAUUGGAGGGGAAGGAAAGGUGGACUGGGAUGAGAUACUCGACAAGAACCUCCUUGGUGGGAGCAUUCCGGAAGAGGCAAGGGUCCUUGCCGAUGUCGCCUACCGGUGCAUCAACAGGAGCCCAAGGAAGCGGCCAUGGAUAUCAGAGGUCACCCAGGCCAUUUCAAGGCUAAGGCAGCGGCAGAUGACUUUGCCGAGGAGCGAGACCAGGACCGUGCUAAGGAGGAUAGAGUACCAGCACGUGGAGCUCAGCGAUCUCGCCGGCAUGAAAGAACUCACGCCGGUAGGAGCCUGAAGUCCCUCCUUGCUAUUUGAUGAAAUCAUCAGUUAGUUUUGGCCUUUGAAGGUGUCUAACUUGGGUUGGAAUAGAUGUAAAUAAUCCAGAAGGUAGAGUUUGGCAGGAUGACCGUCUCUCAAUUGAUAGACUGGCAAAUUGGUAAUAUGAACACUCUAGUAACAAAUGCUAGAAAGUGUAAAUCGAUGAAGGGGACAUUAAACUGCAUGCUGACCUUAUGUUCAUAAUGUUGCUGCAUGAACUAGACAAUAAAUAUCACAGCAGCAUAACCUAGCA